UCCUACCCAGCGCCCUCCAAGAUGGCGCGGUUGCCAUAGCAACAGCGGCCGGGAGCCGGGCGGGGAGAUGGCGCUCGGCGCUGCCGUGGGACCGCUGUGGCGCUGUCAAGCACCCCAAAGGCUGGGGCUGAGAGACAGGGAGGUCGCUUGUCACGGCUGUGCUUUUCAUACGGAUAGCUUGCCGUUUGUGUUCAGUGAUGCAAGAGGUCCCUCCCUGGGAUGUCCUUUCCUCUUUCCCUGGGAGAGGAGAUGGGUCUGCACCUUGUUUCUGGAAACAGACCUUCAAAACAAGGCCUUCAUUUCAAAAAAAUGAAUUCAUAUGAGGACGAGAGUGACAGAGCAGCUUUGGUGGACACAAUGUCCAGCCAAGGUCAACCUACCACAGAAGAAUAUCUGAAUUCCUACAAUUCUAAGCAGAUCACAUUUUUUUAACAGACAGAGUAAGAAUCAGGACAACGAAAUUAAAGGGCACACUUGUCACAGUUUAUGGAUUCCAUGUGUGUGCAGUGUUUACAGAUUGUCCAAAUUACUGAUGCUACCAGCCUCUUAGAGCUGCUCUAAGCAGUGGAAGAUGCUGUUCAGGCUCAGAAUGGCCUGGAUGAACUGCAGAAAUGGUCUGGAUGAAGGAAGUAAUAAUAACUUACUGGGUGUGAGUGCAAAGGGCUAUAGUGAGGCAGGAAUAACCAGCUCUACAAUUACAGACGGGGCAGGGUCAGCUCACUCAGUAUAUGUUCAUAGACAAUAGAGUAGGGGGUUGUUUAGGUACAAUUUAUCUCAAUUUGUCAUAAGGUCCUGUGGAAAAAAAAAAAAAGAUGCCAUCCUGGGACAUCUAAACAGACACAUAACCUGCAGGACGUGGGAAGCAGCAUUCCUGUUGCCCUCUCUACAGUAAGGCUGCAGAAGGACUACUGUGUCCAGUUUUGGGCAUUGUAUCAAGAAGGCUGUUGGAGCUACAGCCCUGUUGAUGGGGCCUCAGCUGCCCUAAUCAGUUUUGACCUCGUCUCCAACCCUGUGUCAGGCCCUGCCUCCUGUUCCUCCUGAAAAAGGAGACCCUGACCAGUUACCCCACUUUGGGGCUCUGUGGGCACCCUGCAGGCAGCACCAGCUCUCCCCAUCUUGCAGGGAUACUGUGGGACUGUGGCUGGCUACUGAGCACGCCCUCAGACCCGCUCCAAGCCUUGUGCUGGACGCAGAGACAGAAAGGCGAGGGCUAUGGAAAGGCUGAAUAAGUGGUGCUUGUUUGAACGAAAGCACAAAAGGCUAUAAUUUGGUUACAUUCUUAGCAUGUAUAAAAUACUGUGACAGUUUUCCACAUCCAGGGAUGAGAAGGAAAAAUACAGUGAGUUACAUGUGUGGCAAUCAAGGCUUUGUUGAAACAUUAGGGGAAAGCUGGUGGUAGGGAUAAUAUUCCUCAGCCUGGAUUUGGCAUGCUACUAUUAUGUUACUGUGGGUAGCUAGAAUCCUCAGUUGGUUCUGGUCUUUCAUUCAGUUAAACUUUUUACUGAAGUUAAGGCCCAAAUUAACCAAAUAUGAUGCAUAUAUGCAUAGUUCUGUGCCCCACUAACGGUUGCUUUCCUUCCAUGGUACAGCUGAAGAAGGUGAUUAAACUUGACAAACACAGGUGGGAAUGUUUGAACCCAUUUAACUUCAUGAGAUUAUAAAAAUGCAGGCUCUUAAACUUUGCCAUAUGAGUAGAAUUGCUGUGCUUUGUUUAAUUUUAACUAGAAAUAAGGAAUCUUAAAAUACCUGAAACACUAAGAGUGCUUCUGUGUUGUACAUACAGUUUGUUAGAGCCAAGAACAAGAAAGGAGAUUGUCCUGUAAGAAUAGCCUCUUUUAUUUGCCAGACUUUGAAAUAAUUGGGAUGUCAUUUUGAACUUCAUUACCGACACUUAGUUCUGUAAUACACUGAAUUGGGAUAUCCAAUCCAAAUAAUAUUUUAACUUUCAGUUGUUACCUGAGAUCAGAUUUCCAGCUGUGAGGUAAAAUAACUUUCUUCUUUUUGCAGGUCCAUAAAAAUGAAUUGUUUUGAACUUUUAUCUAUUCUAAUUGCUUUUGUAUAGAGACCUAAAUAGAAAACUACUUUUGUUUCCAGGAAAGAACUGCUUAUGAUACAAAGUUACAAGUUUUCUGUGCAAGUCCUAGAGCCAUUGUGGUUAGAAGCAUUUUCACAUCUAUAGUAUCAGAAAAAGAAACUCUGUAGAACUCAAAGCCACUUCUCUUCCUGUGUAUGGCUUGAAGACUGAGCACAUUUUAUCAGUCAGCUUUUAUAGUCUCAUGUGCUGAGUUUCUUUUUUAUGUUAGAAAAAUUAAUAUCUUCUCCUUGCUUGUUGCUGGUAACAAAACCAGAGACUUGACAAAAGCUUUUGUAACAUUAGAGCUCUUUGCUGAGUGCAUUUGCUUUUAGCUGUUUUGGGGAUGCUUCUCUGAACAUACAUCAGUAAUAUCAGUGCCCAAAGGAAGGAAAGGGAGUGGAGAACAGCCACCAGUUUUCUUUAAGAAAAGAUAAUUAAACAAUAAGAGUGCUACUCAUCUUUUAAAAGCAGUUUACUUUCGUGUGUCUUUCUUUGGGGGGUGCUGAAGAGGUCCAGAAAUCCCAUAUCUACAAAACCAAAUAAAAAACCUCAAACAAGUCCCCUCACUCCUUUACACUAUUUCUUGACAUAUUGUCCCUCCAUCUGGAGGCAGUUAAAGCCCUGUCUGGGACAUUGCUGCAAGCUCUCAUCUCUUUUGGAACUACUUUCAGUGGAAAAAAAAAUAAAAAAAGAAAAGAACAGGAAGUUUAAGGACAUGAAAAAGUCAAGAUUGCUGUGAUCUUGAUAACUGUUCAUAUUCCCUGGUUUGCAGAGACACCUAAGUGAUGGUUUGUGUGAAGACAGACACAGUCAUUUUUCUCUUCAAGGGCAUGACACAGUGAAACACAUCACCAAUUGAGUAAGAGCACAGGCACUUAGUUAACACCCAGAACAUUGUUCUGGAUAUACUAGAACCCAUAGGAUAGGAGUCUACAGAACAAGUGAAAUUUGGAGAAAAUGGCCUGUGAAUUUAAUUUGAACUUCCUUAAGGAAUUGGAACGAGAGGCUGUUUUGGAAGUGUUGUACCGUGAUGAGAUGGUGAGAAAAACAGAAGAGGAAAGAAUAAGGAAACUGAAACUGCAUCUACAGCAGCUUCGGUGGAAAGGGGCAAAAAAUGUAAGCCAUGAAUAUCAGGAGAGAUCUUGUGCUCGCUGUCAGAAAUCUCUCGGGUUGUUGAUGAACAGAGGGGCAGUGUGCAAUGGCUGCAGUCAUCGAGUGUGCUCUGAAUGCCGUGUCUGCCUAAAUCCCUGCCUUUGGAAAUGCACCAUUUGUUACGCUCAUGGAGAUGUUAAAGUAAAGGCUGGUGAAUGGUUCUUUGAGGAACGAGCAAAGAAAUAUCCAGGUGAAGGCAGACAUGAAACAGUUGGUGCAAAGCUCUUGAAAUCUUAUCAGAAACUGAGUAAAAUUUCUGUCGUACCUCCAACUCCACCUCCUUUCACAGAAUCAACAGCAGGAAUCAAUGUGAUGGUAAAUGAACUUGGAGAGUCUAAAAGGUUUAAUAAAUCUGUGGAAAACUUGUUUUUGUCUCUCACAACGAACAUAAAAAAAAUCUCAAAGUCUCAGAAUGAUAUGACUGACAGAUGUGUCCUAACCACAGACUUUGGGAAGAAUGUGGAAAGAAGGUGGCAAAGAAGGAGCCAGUCUGACACUGCCAUCAACAUUACAAGCAAGAUGAAAAGUACACCCAGUCUGCAACAGCUCAUCACUGGGGCCCAAAAUGACAGUGAAAUUCUGACAAAAAGUAGUUGCAAGGAGGAAGAAGACAUAACAACCAGUCCCACAAGCGAUACGGUUUUCUGUGAUGGCAGAAAACAUGGAAGUUUGUUUAGUCUUAACAGCACUUGCACUGAAUCUGGCAAUUUUGGCAAAGCUAAUGUCACAGGAGAAAUAGAGUUUGCCUUAAGAUACAUCUUCAGAGCUUACAUCUUGGAAAUUUGCAUCAAGGGAUGCAAGAAUCUGGCUUAUGGAGAAGAGAAGAAGAAAAAGUGUAACCCGUAUGUUAAGGUUUAUUUACUUCCUGAUAAAUCUCCUUGGAGUAAGCGAAAGACAGCUGUCAAAAAGAGCACAGUGGAUCCAGAGUUCAAUGAGACUUUGAAGUACAAGAUUGAAUACUCCCAGCUGCGAAGUCGGCAACUUCAGAUCUCUGUGUGGCAUGCGGGAGCACUCAAAUACAGGGUGUUUUUGGGGGAAGUAGUGAUUCCACUGGCAGCAUGGAAUUUUGAAGAGGACUCAAUGCAGUUAUUUGACUGGUAUCAACUCAAACCCAAGCUUGAAAAGCCUGAAGAUGAUCUUACCCAGUACAGUGGUGAACUCCUCUUGUCUGCAAGACUCUUGGUACCAGCCCAGUAUAAAAAUUUCCAGUUUGAAGGAAACAAAGACCAAGGAGUUCCCAACUGCCAGCUUCAGAUUAUGAUAUUUGGGGCUAAGAACUUGCCCAUGCUGAGACCUGCUGGAGUGUUGAACUCCUUUGUUAAAGGUUGUCUUAUCCUUCCAAACCAAGCAGAGGUAAGGCAAAAGUCUCCUGUCCUGAAGAAAGAAGCCUAUCCUCAGUGGAAACACUUGUUUGUCUUUGAUGGUGUGACCCCAGCUCAGCUACAGCAAUCAUGUCUACACUUGACUGUCUGGGAAAAGUCAACUUUCAGCUCAAGUGAUCGAUUCCUAGGAGGAACCAAGCUCGGUACAAAGGAACUGUUUGGCUCUACAGACCUUGUUUCUCAGUCAGUGCUCCAAUGGCAAGAAGUGCUCUGCAACCCAAACACGUGGAUGGACUUUACACUUGUACUGCAUUCAAAUAAGGAAGACUUUAAAUCAUGAGAAAUUAUCACACAACUUUUCCUUCCCAAUUUGUGAUAUUUUAGACUUCCCCAGACUUCAGGUCUGGGGAAAGGUAUGAUGCAAAUGUAUCCACUCUGGCUUUUGGGGAAUAGACUUAUGUAUUUGAAAGUGUGUGACAUUCUGAAUGUCUUAUUUCUUAAAAAGUAAAGGCUUUAACUUGUGUUUCUA